AUGUAUAGACAGUUGUGUAACCUAUUAGAGGACAACAAAUGUGAACAAAACAUCAAGGUCAUUGCUCAAGCUCAUUUGGAUGAAAUCAAAUCCUGCAAGAACUUCAAAGGCACCAUUGAAAUUAACCAAAUGCCCGAAGUCAAUCUUCGUAUGGAAGGUGUUCAAGAAUUGGUCGGUGAUUUGAUUAUAACUAACAACGGUGCUCUCCAAUCCUUCACUGCGCCUGAUCUUCGCAAAGUAGAUGGUACUGUCCGAAUUGAAAACCAUACAUUCUUGAACAAGUUGGACUUGCCCCAAUUGACAGAAGCAAAUGCCAUCUCCUUGUUUGUCUUGCCUGCUCUUGAAGUGAUCCAAUUCCCUGCUGGUCUCUCCAAGGUCAACACCAUGCGUAUUGAAGACACUCAUGCUCCUAAAGUAGACGGCUUUAAGCCAGAGACCAUUGAAUCAUUUACUUUGACCGGAAACAAGUUGAUCAAGGCGUUUGAUUUCAAUUCUGUCAAGCAAGUGACGGGUGAUUUACUAAUCAUUGGUAACAGUGCUGAUCUUGAUUUCCAAGCUACUCAAUUAACCAGUCUUAACAAGGCUGCCUUUUUCAACAUGGAUAAGCUUGACUUGCCUGCCUUGACUCAAGUUCGAUCUGAUAUCUCCUUCCAUGAAAACAACUUUGCAUCACUUAAUAUGGACGCCAUUGAACAUAUUGGUGGCACAGUCACGAUUGCUAACAAUGAAAAAUUGACUGAGACUUCCUUCAAGAACUUGAACCGUGUGGUUGGUGCUUUGUCGAUCGGUAACAACACUCAACUCAAUGCCAUUGAUGGCUUCCCUAAAUUGACUGAAAUCCAUGGUAUGGUUGACUUGGCUGGUGGUUUCAAUAGCUACUCUUUACCCGCUCUUCAGGAUGUACGUGGUGGCAUGCGUCUCCAGACAACCUCGUCUCAAUUGGGCUGUUCUGACAUUGAACAUAAAAUGAAGGGUGAAAAUAUCGUCAAGGGAAACACAUGGAGUUGUACUGCUAGUAUGCAAGAGUCCAAUAUGGUGCCUACCGUUGGUCAAAGUCCUUCAAAAUCAACCACAUCGAGUGGUGGACAAAGUGAUUCAAGCGCUGCUCAUAGUGAAAAUAAGAAUGAAGUCACUUCUUUAGGUGUAAAAUGGUCAAUGGGAGGUCAUGCAUGGUUGGUAGUAGCCGCAGGUUUUCUUUAUACUGCACUUUAA